CUUCAGACCUCCCAGCUCACAAUGACAGAGUCCGUCCGGUAGAGCAACAUGCCACAUUCUGGAUCUUUUAUAUGGAUUUUCCUCUCCUCGUGGGGAAUCAUUGCUGGCAGUGUGAGGACUCUACCUCAUGUGAUAAAGUACCAAACAGUGAUACCUCAGAGGCUGAGGGAUCCAUCUCUCCUUAAAGAUGCUGCUACACAUCAGACGUAUCCUGAUGUACUCCAGUACUCUUUGACGAUCGCAGGGCAAAACUACACACUGCACCUUGAAAGGAACAAAGAUCUCGUCGGGAAAAAGUUCUCUGUGACCCACUAUUCUGAUCAGGGCACUCCAGUCACAACCACUCCAGAUCUCACGGCUCACUGCUACUACCAUGGGCACAUCGUGGGAGUAGAGGACUCCUCUGCCAGCGUGGGACUCUGCUCAGGAAUAAACGGGUUUGUGCGGCUCCGGGACCAAAUGUACCUUCUGGAACCUCUGGCCGGCACAGAGGCGGGACAUCAUGGUGACGGACAGAGCUCCAGAGCUCACAGCGAUGAGGGUCUCCAUGCUGUUUACAACUACAAACACCUGAGGAGGAAGAGGAGCUCUUGUUCCCAUGGAAACACAACCACUUUCUAUGAUCACGGAGCUCGUCCUUCUGGUCUGUUCCAGCUCGGCAGCCUGAAAAGCAGGGCACAGACCAAAGAGCCUGCAGGAAAAGCCAAGACAGUGGAGCUGGUUGUGGUGGUCGACAACACAGAGUAUAAAAAGUUUGGCAGUAGGAAGACAGUAGAAGCCAGAGCGCUUGAAAUAGCAAACCACGUGGACAAGCUGUAUCGCCCGGUGGGUAUCCGUGUGAUGAUGGUGGGUCUGGAUAUCUGGUCAUACAAAGAUCAGAUUGAGGUCAGCACUGACCCUGAGCUCACCCUCAGCCGCUUCCUUGAGUGGCGUCAGCGGAGUCUGCUGCAGAGGACCAAACACGACAACGCACAGUUCAUCACCGGUGUGGACUUCAAUGGAUCUACUGUCGGCUUAGCCAACACCAAUGCAAUGUGCACGUCUAACUCCGGAGCCGUCAAUGAGGACCAUAACGCUAACUCAAUAGGAGUAGCUUCUACUAUUGCACACGAGAUGGGUCACAACCUGGGUUUGACCCAUGACUCUGAAAACUGUGUCUGCGGCUCCCUAACAACCAAAAGAGGCUGCAUCAUGGCCGAGAGCGUCGGCAUCGUGUAUCCUGAGCUGUUCAGCAGCUGCAGUCAGCACCAGCUCAGCAGGUUCUUGGAGGAGAUCAACCCCGCCUGCCUGCUUGACACUCCCGCUGCUGAUCGCAACUAUGGAGGGCCGGUGUGUGGAAAUGCCUUCCUGGAGCCCGGAGAGGAGUGUGACUGUGGCACGGUAGAGGAAUGCAAGAAUCCUUGCUGCAACGCCACUACCUGUAAACUGAGUGCAGGAGCCCAGUGUGCAGAAGGAAAGUGCUGCCACAAAUGCCAACUGAAACCGACAGGCAGUGUCUGCCGACCAAAGACCGGAAACUGCGACCUGGCAGAAUACUGCACUGGCUUCUCCGCCUCCUGUCCGACUGACGCAUACACCCAGAAUGGCCUGUCCUGCAACCGUGGAAAAGGCUAUUGCUACAAUGGAAGAUGUCCAUCGCAGCGGGAACACUGCAAGAGACUCUGGGGACCAGAUGCUGACGUAGCCUCAGAUGCCUGUUUCUACACGCACGGAAACUGCAAAAGGACGCUGUUUAGCCAAAGAUGUUCAAGCCGAGAUCAAUAUUGUGGGACUCUGUUCUGCUCGGGAGGCUGGGAGUUUCCAGUGACAUCCAGGAAGUCCUUCUACACAGUGGGAAACGGAGACAUUUGCAAUGCGGCAUCUAUGAACCCUGAAGAUAACUACCCCGCAGAUCUGGGCAUGGUGCCUGUUGGUACUAAAUGUGGAAACAACAUGGUAUGUUACAAUCAACGAUGUCAAGACAUCCAAAACAUAAAAGUAUACGGAAGAGAUGACUGCUCAGCCAAAUGCAACAACCACGGGGUUUGCAACCAUGAGAGUAAGUGUCACUGCGACCCCGGUUGGGCCCCACCUUUCUGCAACGUGGAACAGUCUGAACUCCCUGAAGAUGCAGGUCUGGUGGUGUUUAUUGUGUUAUCGGUGGUCGGCAUGCUGCUGCUGUUGGUUCUGGUUAUUGGAAGUUUGAUGUGCUGCAUCAAAAAAAGGCGACCAGCAAAGAGAUGCUUCCAGUCAAACUCAGGACAAUCCAACCCGUUGUUUCGGUCAAGCAGGGCACGAGGCAGCCCCCGUCUCGGGUCCACACACAUCAGCCAGCCCAUAUUUGUGGAAUCGACAGCCCGUAAACCUUUGUCCUCUGCAAGACCACAUGCUGGAGUACUGACGCCCAGCAGAGCAGCUCCAUUGCCACCUAAGAAAUUGUCAGCUCUACCUCAGCCAGGGAAGAUUCAACAGGCUGUGAGGCCAUUCAUGCAGCCUGUUUCAAGCAAGCCAAUUUAUGCUGAGAAUAAGCCACUACCUCCAUCGAGACCUUUGCCACCACUUGCAACAAAGCCAAUCACGAAACCAACGCCUCCGAUGCCUCCAGUGAAGCCAAAGCCCUCUGCGGUCCGUUGUCCGCUGCCACACACUCAGCUGCUUGCAGGGAGAGCUGCCCUGAUGCCCCCCAGCAGGCCCAGAUGACAGGGGGAAUAAUUCAGCCUGCUGUAAACACUCCUCAGAUCCUCUGACUGAGGACAUUCUUGUUGGCACACCUAAGAAGGAACUAGAAAUCCUCUCAAGCAACGCUCGUCUGUUUUAGAGGGGAAGCAAGAUCCACUGAAGGAUCGGCAAUAAUACGUGCCCGAGCUUUUUGUCAUUUAUGGUCUACCUGAGGAUUACCACCGUCUGUGUCUUGGUCAUGAAAGCCUUCUGAAUUUUGACUGCUAAACCUGAAGCUGUGAUGGACAUGUUGUGCUUUAUAAAUGACAAAUGGCUAUACAGCCAUGAUGAUGUGUUUUGUAUUUUAAGGGAAAUGUCUUGAUUUGGAUCCUUGCACACUUAGUGAGGCAAUUGCACUAUUGUUGAUGCUGUACCUGUUUUUCCGCUGCCAUUCCUUCACUCGCGUUUUGGUACUGCUUUUAAAAGGAAUCGUGCUGUUAAGGUUAUUUAAAUGUGGCGCCAACACAGGCACUUUAAAAGGAAUUUGAAUUAAGGACAUGACAUAAAGGUUCUGACUUUUUCUUGAACUUUUUUGUACUAACCUAUAGGUACCAGGCUUAACAUGAGACAGAAUUUUUACAUUCCGCUGUUUUGUUUAUUGAUCUAAUCUUAUUGAAGCCUAUUUCUCGAAGGGAUUUGAUAUUGCUCAUUCUACGUAGCAGGCCUAAUCCUUCACUCACAAUACCCACAAUUCUUCCUUACAGUGGGUAUUCUGCCUUAAUUUAUCCUGCAAACUAUUAACUGAAAAUGUAUUUGAACCGUUCCUAUUUCCUCAGAUGUUCUUUUUGUCUGUACAUUGGAGCUAACAAUUAAAGUGAAUCACGACA